AAAUAAUAAAAAUCCAAAUGGUAUUAAUUAGUUUAAACUUAUUAAACUAUUUUGUCAUCUUUUUAGUUAUUUAAGAAUUCUAUUAAAACUUGUAAAAUUCUAGUUACAAAUAUAAUUUAAUGCAUAAAUCUAAUGAAUUUGGGAGAAAAUAGAAAUGUAUAUAGAGUUAUUUCAUUGUCUUAAAUAGUUAAAUACAUGGAUAAUAAAGUAUAUCAAUACUAUUAAAAGGGAAAGAUUUUGAAAAAAUCUACCUAUGAAAGUUGUUUGGACCUAUUACUUUUAAAUUUUUUUGGACUUAUCCUAUAUAUUAUAACAAUAAGUGAUAACUUUUUUUACCGUAUAAACCCCCGAUUAUUACUCUAACCAUGCGAAUUGUAUACAUUAUUAUUUAUACAUAACCAUUAAAACCGAUUGCUAAAUCACCCUACCCAAACAAAAUACAUUACAUGAACCAAAACCAAAGCACAACCUAUUAUAACUGUUACUUUAACGAAAUAUUCAUUUCCCUCACAUACUACCAUCGACUACAAAACACGUUACAUAUAAGACACUACACUAUAUAGAAGCUUUAUACAAAAUUUGGGUGUAAGAUUAUAUGAUUCAACCACUAAAUUUUAUUAGUGAAAUAAUCUUCAAGAUUAUAUGAUUCAAACACUAAAUUUCAUAAUUAUGAAAAGCAAAACAAAACCAAACCCGCGCUUGAAAGCGCGGGUCAAAAUCUAGUUAUAUGUUUAUAGUACUACUAACUAGGACCGAGUAUCUAGUGGGGAAGUUUUGUUACAAAAUUAUUAGAAAAUAAAACACUUUUUAAUAAUUGGUGAGAAUAAUGAGUAAUUUUAUGAAUGUUUGGUGGGGUCAUCGACCUAAUAGACAACUCAUUGAUUUCUUUUUACGUCAGGGACAGUAUAUCCAAUGCGAACAAUUUCUAAUAAUCUUCAGUUAUGCCAAAUAGAAUAUGAAAGCGCCAAAGUCUAUGAAGACAAGAUGAAAACACGUUUGCGAUAUGUCCUUGCUCUCUCAUCUAAAUCAAAUGACGUUCAGCAUGGGAUAUAGUUGCUUGAGGGUGAGUGCAUCUUUUUCUUUUCUUCUUCAAAGUUCUAUAAAUCCUCCUUUUGUUGUGGUUGUGUGCAGAAUCCAUAAAUCCUUUUGUUGUUGACGGACCUGGGGAUGAACGUCUGGAGGAGCGGCGGGAGCAAGGGGAGUGGCUGGACGGUAACAAUCUCCUUUUAUUUUUCCGUUAAUAUUUUGAUUGUUAGAACCAAAUUAUUAAUGGCUAAGAUGCUCUGGCACUGAUCUAUAUAUAGUAUUGUAAGGAAUGUAGUAUUGUCGUGUGUCUAUGUUCAUAUAGAGGUCUAAGGCAAUUAUUUUUAAUAAAAAAGAAGGGGUCAGUGUUUUAAUUUGGUUCAAACCAAAAAUUAUAUGCAAAUAUUAAGAUAAAUAUAAGCAAACAUUAAGAUGUUUUAUGGCACUUUUUUUUUCUUUACUAAAUUUUAAAAGCAUUACAAAAUAAUAUGAAUAUACGUGAUCUUAUGCAUAGAUAACGGAAAUAUUGUUCACAUGUUCGUUUAGUUAAACUUACAAUCUGCAAAACAAACCUUUUAUUUUAGCUAAAGGAAUCCAAAAAGAAACCAAAUCGUAAUCCAGCCAAACCAAAACUUAAAACAUAACCUAUAAAACCUUUCUCAAAAAAAAAACUAUCAAACCUAAUCGAAGGAUACCAAAUAAAAAGAUCAUAAUCAUACUAUCUCUAUGAUAUUAUUUGAGAAGUCAGUUUCCUAUAUGUCGCUCUCACAUUAACGCUCACGAUGGUUGAUUACACUGAUACCCUUAAUGAAAUAAUUUACAUUUAAAAUACUAGUACUUAUUUAUUUUAUUUAGUUUCCUUUUAGAAUAUUAUCGUUUCGAUAUAUUAAUUUAUGUAAUUUGGAAUCAGACACUUUAGUUUUUUUUUUCAUUUUAAGCACAAUAUAUCUUAAGUUAUACAUAAUAUUCAUAAAAUAUAUUCACAUAUCUAAGACAAUAAUCACCUAAAUGCAAAUAAGAAAUUAACCAAAAUUUUAAUAUAUGGAAUAAAAAUAUUACAAUUGAAUUCAUAGAAGUAAUCCAAUUUACCCAAAUGAUAACUAAAUCGAAUGAAAAACAACAAAAUCGAUUAGAUAUAACAUAUAUAAAAUCAUAUGUAUAAUUAAAAUAACAUAAUAUUAUUAAUAUAAAUGAUGCAUAUAAAUUAUAAAUUAAUUUAAAAUUAAAAGUAAGUAGCAAUCAAUUAUUGUAAUAUAUUUACUUUAAAAAUGUUUAUAUUUGUGCAUGAGCACGAAAAAAUCACCUAGUAUAUAUUAAUUGAGAAGUCACUUUAGUAAUUUUUGUUUACGUGUCGAUCAUAGGUGAGCUCUUACAAAAUUGUUAUAAUUUGAUUGGUCGAUAAUUUUUAGUUUUUAUUUAUUUUAAUUAGAUAUAAAAAGAAAAUGUAAGUCUAUAACCAAUUAAUAUCACUUGCCAAAUAUAAAAGAUUAGUUAGCUUAUGGUAACUCUUAAAUAUAAAAAUGAUCAAUUUGUUUCUCUUUAUAUAAUUUCAACAACUAGUUACCAUAAAUUAUUAUUUGUAAUAUUAUUUAAAAGUAAGCAAAAUUGUUAUGUACCAUAAUUUCAACAAUUAGUCACCUAUGAUCGACGCGUAAGCAAAAUUCACUAAAGUGUUCAAAAUACAAACAUAGGUAACUAAUUGUUGAAAUUAUUACAAAUAAUGAUUUAUGGUAACUAAUGUUGAAAUUAUAGAAAUACAUAAAAUAAUAAACGACAAACUGUUUAAAGAAAAAGGAAACCAUGAGUGACGACGGCGAGGAGAUCAGAGGUUUUGUGGAAGCCGUAGAAUCUUUCUUCAUCAGCGGUAGAAAUGGGGAUGGCGUUCUACAUUCUGAUGAGAAUAUCAUCAGUGUAAGUUUCUCUCUUUGUGUUUUGUGUCGCGACUUUGAUUUUUUCUUAGUUGGGCUUGGAAAUUUUGAAUCUAAGUUUGAGGUUAAUGACUUAGCUUGUUUUUGAUUCCGCAACUAACAUUUUGUUUUAAUCUUCAGUUAUGCCAAAUAAAAUAUGAAAGCGCCAAAGUCUAUGAAGACAAGAUGAAAACACGUUUGCGAUAUGCCUAUGUCCUUGCUCUCUCAUCUAAAUCAAAUGACGUUCAGCAUGGGAUAUAGUUGCUUGAGGGUGAGUGUAUCCUUUUCUUUUCUUCUUCAAAGUUCCAUAAAUGCUCCUUUUGUUGUGGUUGUGUGCAGAAUCCAUAAAUCCUUUUGUUGUUGAAGGACCUGGGGCCGAACGUCUAGAGGAGUGGCGGGAGCAAGGGGAGUUGCUGGAAGGUAACAAUCUCCUUUUAUUUUUCCAUUAACAUUUUGAUUGUUAGAACCAAAUUAUUAAUGGCUAUGAUGCUCUGGCACUGAUCUAUAUAUGGUAUUGUGAGGAAUGUAAUAUUGUCGUGUGUCUAUGUUCAUAUAGAGGUCUAAGACAAUUAUUUUUAAUAAAAAAGAAGUGGUCAGUGUUUUAAUUUGGUUCAAACAAAAAAUUAUAUGCAAAUAUUAAGAUAAAUCUAAGCAGAUAUUAAGAUGUUUUAUUGCACUUUUUGUUUCUUUACUAAAUUUGAAAAGCAUUACAAAAUAAUAUGAAUAUACGUGAUCUUAUGCAUAGAUAACGAAAAUGUUGUUCACAUGUUCGUUUAGUUAAACUUACAAUCUGCAAAACAAACUUUUUAUUUUAGCUGAAGGAAUCCAAAAAGAAAUCAAAUCGUAAUCCAGCCAAACCAAAACUUAAAACACAACCUGUCAAACCUUUCUCAAAAAAAAAACUAUCAAACCUAAUCAAAGGAUACCAAAUAAAAAUAUCAUAAUCAUACUAUAUAUAUUAAUUGAGAAGCCACUUUAGUAGUUUUUGCUUAAGUGUCAAUCAUAGGUGAGCUCUUACAAAAUUGUUAUAAUUUUAUUGGCCGAUAAUUUUUAAUUUUUAUUUAUUUUAAUUAGAUCUAAAAAUAAAAGGUAAGUCUAUAACCAAUUAAUAUCACUUGCCAAAUAUAAAAUAUUAGUUAGUUUAUGGUAACUCUUAAAUAUAAAAAAAUGAUCAAUUUGUUUCUCUUUCUAUAAUUUCAACAACUAGUUACCAUAAAUUAUUAUUUGUAAUAUUAUUUAAAAGUAAACAAAAUUGUUAUGUACCAUAAUUUCAACAAUUAGUCACCUAUGAUCGACACAUAAGCAAAAUUCACUAAAGUGUUCAAACUACAAACGUAUGUAACUAAUUGUUGAAAUUAUUACAAAUAAUGAUUUAUGGUAACUAAUGUUGAAAUUAUGGAAAGAGAAAUAAAUUGAUGAUUUCUUAUAUUUAAAAAAUACAUAAAAUAAUAAACGACAAAUUGUUUAAAGAAAAAGGAAACCAUGAGUGACGACGGCGAGGAGAUCGGAGGUGUUGUGGAAGCCGUAGAAUCUUUCUUCAUCAGCGGUAGAAAUGGGGAUGACGUUCCACAUUCUGAUGGGAAUAUCAUCAGUGUAAGUUUCUCUCUUUGUGUUUUGUGUCGCGUCUUUGAGUUUUUCUUAGUUGGACUUGGAAAUUUUGAAUCUAAGUUUGAGGUUCAUGACUUAGUUGCCAAAUAGAAUAUGAAAAAGCCAAAGUUUAUGAAGACAAGAUGAAAACACGUUUGCGAUAUGCCUAUGUCCUUGCUCUCUCACCUAAAUCCAAUGACGUUCAACAUGGGAUAGAGUUGCUUGAGGGUGAGUGUAUCUUUUUAAGUCUUUUCUUCUUCAAAGUUCCAUAAAUCUUCCUUUUGUUGUGGUUGUGUGCAAAAUCCAUAAAUCAUUUUGUUGUUGUGGUUGUAUGCAGAAUAUCUUGAAGAUUGUGAUUGACCACACAUGUCUCUUCUAGUUUUGGCUCUUGGUUACUUCAAGAUCGAGAAUUAUGAAAAGAGCAGUGCUACCUUUAAGACUUGUAUCGAGGUUGUCAACUUCCUAUUCUCUUGAUUUUUUAUUCACUCUUAUCAUACUUACUGGUUUUGUUCACAGUUGAAACAAUCAUAGAGUGUUCCACAGCUUGUGAAAUCUCUACAUUUGUGAUAAUCAGCUAAGUUCUUAGAUAAAGAUGAGGCGGGUAUCGACAUGACAACAUAUAAAAGUACAGCUGAAUCAAACAAACUUGUCACUACGUUUUAUGUUGCUCAUGAGAUAGUGAAAAGUGCAUUAAUUGUGCAGUUGAAGCGUAUAUGCUCUUUGAGAAUCAAGAUGAAAAGCCAACUGUCAGUGAACUUCAUACUAAACUUGGUUUCGUCAGAUAGAGGCGUGAAUAAUAAAGGGAAGGACCAGAAGAAAAUAGUUGAUUUCAAGUUUGUUUGUUAAUGAUCAUUUUCAAAUGUUAUCACAAUUAUGCUAGUAUGUUAGACUUGAUGUUUGUUUGUUAAUGCUUUUUCAUAUCCUAUGUUUGACUUAAAGUUUGUUUGUUAAUUUGGAACUUUAAUAUUAUUAUUUUUAAUAUAGUGAAAUUAUGUAACUAAACAUUUAUAUUUCUGAAAAAUUGAUCAAUGGUUUUCUGCCAUGUGUUCCUAACAUAAUUUAUUGAGUUUCUAGUGGUUCUUUUUAGACAUAUUAGUUCUGAACAAUUUACUUCUUUUUUCUUACUUUUUGAUUUAUUUUAUUAUUUUAAUUAUUGAGAUAUUCCCUCAAAUCAUGUCAACGGAAGUGUCCUUAAACCAUCUCCAAUGGUUUACAUAUUUGUCUCCUCGAAAUGAUUCAAACUCAAAAUAAAUUUGUGAUUUUCUCUAAUUAUUUUCCUCAUUUUCUCUCCUAAUUCUUAAUAUAUUAAUUUUUCAACUUUUUAUAUAUUGCAAAUAACAUCUUUUAUUUUAUAUAAUUUAAAAUUUUGUUCACUUAUUUAAAAUUUUAAACUAAAAUUUAACUUUACUAAACUAAACUACUAUUGUAUUAAUAAAAUUACAUAACCAUAUACAAUACAAUAGUAUAGUUUUUUAUUUAAACAUCGUUAUUAACUUAUUACUGCAUCUUUCCCAUAAAUAACAAAUUAACACAUGUUCUGUGUUGUGUUAGGUUUGUAUGUGUUUAAAAAAAUUAUAUUAGUUAUAUAUUUUUUUAAUCUUACUGUUUAUUAUUUAUUAUACUUUAUUAAACUAUAAGUUAAAGAAAUUUAAUCAGUGUGAAUCUGGUUGAAUGGUUAAAGAUGAUGGUCUCUCUUUAUCUUUGUGAUAUUUGGUUAAUCUUCGAAAAUCUUCACUUUUGGCUUUUAACAUGUCACACAUUAGCCAUUGUUGUUGUACUAUGAAUGGAGUUCUGGCUUUUCUGCACCUGCCACUUGACUUUGGGAGACACACUUAACAAUCACCAUAGUAACAGAAGUAGUGUUUGUCUAGAGAUCUCAGGUCUAUGAAAAAGAGAAUGCUUAUACAACGCAUGGUCCAGUUUUGGAGGAAAGUUGGCACAUACCUCGUGGAGAAAGAAAUCACAUUCGGUACAGUUGUAGAAAUCAUGAGAGCUAUACAGCUGUAAAAUUCAAAAUUAAUCCAUUUGUCAAAAUUAUCCAAAAGAAAAAAAAAACAUUUGUCAUAUAAAAAAAAUCAUCUUAGACCAAAAAAAUAUUGAUUUCCCCAAUUGUUUUUCUUUGUCAACUCUCCUAAAAUACUUAAAUAUCGUUACAUUAUAAUCUUCAUUUAGCGCUCAAAUAUUCAUCUCAUCCCCUUCUCACAUACUCUUCUCAUAUACUCUGUUUCAUCCUCUCGUCUCAAGAAUCUGAAAAGCUUUUUAGGCAUACCAUUGGAAGGUAAGAGGUCUCGUUUUCAUAGCUCCGCUUAAAGUUAGUCGGCUCCUUUACUUACUUCUCUCUCACGUAAAACUCUUUGUAUAGGAUCGCUCUCUCGAGCGGACCUUUCUUGAAAUGGAAGGUUACAAGAAAGCGAACCCAAGUUCCAGAGACGUGAUCAGCAAGUUACCCGAUAACAUCCUCUGCAACAUCUUGUCUUUCUUGACGACAAAGGAGGCUGCUUUAACUCUGUUACUCUCUAAGAGAUGGUCGAAUCUUCUCCAACUGGUACCCAUCCUCGACUUCGAUGACUCUGUAUCAAACCAUCGCAAAGUCGGUCCAGUGAAACUCGUGGCUUUCAAGAACUUCGUGGAGAGUGUACUGUCCCAGCGAUUCAAGAACUCGUCUUCUCCGGUCAAGAAAGUCUCUCUCAGGUUAAGCAAUGAAUAUAUCGAAAGACGCAUCGUUAAACGGUGGAUACAGCAAGUAAUAUAUCAUGGUGCCUUGGAGCUUACGCUACGCUUAGAUUACAACAGCAACUUUACUAUGCCUUUCAGAGUCCUUACGAGCAAGGCUCUUGUACACCUUAGGAUCGGUUCAAGAAUCCGUCUUACACAGCCUCGUCCGAACUCUGUCUCUCCGAUGCUUAACUCGCUCGUUCUUGACUCGGUUCUGUUUGGGAGUGUUACUCUUUUGUUACAAUCGGUUCUAUCAGUUUACCCUAACCUUCAGAGCCUGAGGAUCCAUGAGUCCAAGGGCUGGUACUAUUGGGACGGGUCUGUUUCAAGUCAGACACUCAAGAGACUUGUGUACAGACGCGAUGAUGAUACUUCUGGUCCUAAGCGUUGUGUUACGUUUGAUACUCCUGCGCUUGUUUACUUGGAGUAUUCUGAUGUGGUUGCUGAUAAGUAUGAGAAUCUGAGUUUGGACAGCUUGGUUGAAGUUAGGCUUGAUCUUCAGUUGACUGCAGAUCAAAUCAUGCGCAAGAAUGCUACAGACAGUGUUGGUUUUGUUCCCGGUGAUGUUUCAACUUUGUUCAUGGGGAUCAAGAACGUCAAGAUCCUCUGCUUAUCUCCUGAUUCUUUAGAUACGCUCUACUACCGUGGUGGUGACAUGCCGGUGUUCAACAAUCUGAUUUGCUUGUCUCUAGGAAGCGAUCAUAAACCUCGUGGCAGUCCAUACAUCUUCUGGAAGUUGCUUCCAUCUCUGCUUCUCAACUCGCAAAAUUUACAAACUCUUAUCAUCAAGGGUCUAGUGCACUAUGCUAAAGAAGGAUCAUGUGAAAGUGUGUGGACUCAACCUAUUUCUUGGGAUGAUGUGUCUGAGUCUCUGUCAUUAUGCGGAGUGAAGGUUCUAGAGAUCAAUGGGUAUGAAGGAACUCAUGACGAACUUACUCACAUGAAGCGUUUCUUAAGAAAAUUAUCGCGUCUUGAAAUGGUUAGGGUUAUUACUCCUAAAGGGGUUGAUGAUGGAGAGAGAUACCGUUUCAGGACUGAUCUUUUGCAUCUUAUAGCUACACCCAAAUGCGAGGUUCAGGUUCAUGGAAGAAAGUGUUUGAUCACUUCCCAAGUUUAUUGUUUUUAGUUUUGUAAUAUGAAUCUGCUGUUACUGAAUACUGAGCUUUACUCUUUGUUACAUAUAUAGUUGUACUCGCCAAUAUUAAUGAUAAAAUAGAUUUUUCAUAAAUAAGAAAAUAGCCCCAACUUGGGAUAGGAGUUGGUCUAUUUGUCAAGGAUACUUGUCAAAGUUGUAAAGUAAUUAGCAACUUUGUUUUUGUUAAAAACUGACCAGUGUUAUUGGAACAUAUGGUAUGUAUAUAUAAUAUUAGACAGAGUUUUAAAAUAGAUAGGUUCUGUAGAGAUAAAAACAACAAAAACUUGAUACUAAAACAAGAAACAGAGCCCCCUCGUUAAUAUCUUUUGUGUUGUGAAAUCUCCAUUCUGCAACGCUUCAAUUUCUAUCUUCUUUAGUUUUUCGAACAAAACCAACUGUUUCACAAAAACCAUGGUGAUAAGUCAAAACCUUCAAUGUAAUAAUAAAAGCUGAAUAUGAAACCUCUUACUUCUGCAACAAGAGGCGGCCGCAUAGCCGCAUGGCCGUUAGCAUGUCGUUCGAAUACCUUCUUUCUUUCCAAAUGUGCUGAAGCAUGUAAAAUUAGUGGAGUUACUUUAAAAAAAAAAAUCAAACAUUACGGGUCAUAAUUUGCUAAAAAUAGAUUGGUCUUACUCGAUUCGUAUCUUCCCCCGAAUUCUCUUGAAUUCUUAAGCUCUAUGGCAGCAUCUUUCAAGCAUGCGUUCUCGCUUUCUGCAAUGGCAUCAAGCGCCUGAGAAGAAAGUACAAAAAUAAGUUUCACAAACCACAUUAAAAGUCACAUUAAAAGUAUUUAACUUUCAAAUGAACAACACACUACCUUGUUUAGCUUGUCUAUUACAUCUUGAAAAACUUUGAUCUUAUUCUUCUGGGCCUUUUCGGCUAUCCACUUCCCCAACAUAUUAGAGAAACCCAUUCUGAUCUACCUAACAAAAUCCAAACAAUCAAAAUAAAAAAAUCCUAACUUUAACACAAACCUCUGACAAUAUAGAUAUGAUAUUAGAGCACCAUUAUCCCUAAAAGGUACUUAGUAUAAAAUGGAGAAUGUGUAAUAUUUUGGACGUUUAGCAUCAAUGCAAACAGCAAACAUAACUGAAGAAGUUUAAGACAAUCAAAUCUUGUUGAUCAAUAAACUAAAUAAAAAAUACAAUAAAAACAAUAUCAGUUAAAAAUGUUGAUUUCCCUUUGGGCAAUUCUCCUAAAUAGACAAUUUUCAAGUUUUGAUCACAAAAAUAGACCACAAGAAGAAAAAUGACUAAAAUAUUUUAUUUAAUAGGUAAAAUGACCCUAAUACUUUAGAUAUAAAAAAAAAUUUAUUUUAUUUUUUCAAAUUUUCUUUUUGUAAUUCGAAAAUACUUUUUGAAACUAUUUUUAAAUUUUUUAUUUUUAAUAUUUAUUUUUUAUUUUAUAAAAUUUUAAAUCUCAAUCUCAAAGCUCCACCCGUUAACUCUAAACCCUAAGGUUUAGAUUAAUUAACUCUAAGGGUAUAAAUAUAUAUUUAUUUUUUUAAUGAAAUAUUUUGGUCAUUUGAUCCUUAGAAUUUAUAUCUGUGACAAAAAAAAAUUUAAUGCUAUUUUAAGAUAUUUCCUUUCCCUUAAAAACCGAAAUUAUUUAAAUGGUAAUUACGGUAUAGGCCCAAAGGCUCAAUAACCCGAUUGCAUUUAGUGAUGAACUACUCAUCUUCGGUGUUUCAGAAAAAAAAAAAUAAA